AUGGAGCACAACGGCGGUAUCAACGUUAGCAGCCAGUUCCUGGAGAAAUGCGGCAUCGCAGCGAGUACUGAGCCCAGCAGCAGCGUAUGGAACACUGAUCAGACCAGCGUCGAUGCGCAAGAGCGGUUUGCCUCCGUUGAUUCCUUGUUACAGAACUACAUCGCCGGCUUCUCAGCUACAGACGAUAUCCUCAGUCUCCAUCCCAGAGCCCGCAUCGACGCAACCCUCGUAAUGUCCCUCGGUAUCGCCAAACAGAAGCUUCUCAAGACCUGCGAUGCGCAAGCCGAGUCCGAUGCUAGAAGACAGCUGGCAACGCUGUUCUGGGCCGAAAAUCAGUUCAUCUCCGUGCCGGUGGCGUUCUCAAACCCUUGUAGUAUUGGGACUUCCGCGCUCGACUACGUUCUAUGGUAUGGGGAUACAGCGGGGCUCCAAACGAAAUUUGUCGUGCUUCGAGUGGAUGAGGCAAUGAAUGAUGCGGUGGAGGAACGAUACUACCUCGCUGCUCUUGCUGCCAUAUCAAUGAUUCACUAUAAUCGGGCAAAACGGCCUAUGUCUCGAGACACAUAUGGACUCGUCACCAAUGGCUUGAAAUGGACUUUUCUUCAUUUGAAUAAUGAGCAUGAGUACUCUUCCUUGACAAUGAAUUGGCUGCAGGGUGGAGACCAAUCUAUUGUCCACCUUAUUGGCAAGAUCAUGGACCAUUCAGUCACAAUGAAGAUGAAGUCUGAAGAGCCACAAUUGGACUGGUUUGAAUGUGCGAGGAUGGCAACGGUGUGGUGCCCAGCGCAACACAAGCAUUCAGAGGAGACGGAUUCAGAGGACGAUAUAUUCCCAUCUUCUGCCCAGGAUUACUCCAUACCACAUUCUAAAUCAUACCCCUACGCCAAAAUGACCUGGGUAUCGGAGCUAAGGGAAGGUAUCAAAGACAUCGUUAAUCGCACAAGGCGCGGCGAGGCUGUGGGAGACCGGGUCGAGAUGUUGGUCAAAACAGCCAGCGAGAACAGGAAUAAAGGCAAAAAGAAUAUUGAAACCUUGGCCGUAACAGAUAUCAAAGACUUCGAUGUGCUCACCACCUUCUAUCUUACGCGCGAAUUUAAUAGGCCCGACUAUUGGCGAAUCAACCCUUGGAACGUUUGUGAGGUUUCAAGCCAUCUAACAACGACCAUCAAGCAAAUCAACUUGGUUUACGGCAAGGCCCAUAGAAAUGAGGCCGCCAUACGACUCAUGGUCGACGCUGUUUUUCUAGAUGUACUCUCCUCCGUAAAAGAAGAGUCCGGCCAGUACGAUGGCGUAAAGGGCAAAGGAAAGCGCCAGUCAACAGAGAUCCCGCCGAGCCGGAAGAGCCUCCAUAUGGCCCUCGAGACCAACAUCGCCUACGUACUCCCAACCUGCAUCGAGGGAAAGGUCGCAGAAAGGCUGACCCGGGGCCGCAUGGACUACACCUUCUGGUAUGGCAAUCCAAAAGAGGCCGAGACCAACCUAGUGGUCGUGGAGGCCAAGCAGAGAAGCGACUUGGCAGGUGGCCGAUGGCAGGCCGUUUCCUACCUAGCGCUUAUCCAGCACGCUCGCAACAAAGCUGGGCGGGCCAAGACCCCCAUAUAUGGGAUCGCAACUGACAGCGAGGACUGGGACUUUAUUCGCCUGGAUGCAUCGGGGAAUGUCAAUAUUGAACAGUUUCACUGGGGAGAAAGUCAGGGCUCUCACAUAAUUUCCCUCCUGCACAAGAUUAUGACAGAGGCGUCAACUCUUUCCCCUGUCCCAUCACACGAACUGUCUCGUCAGCCGACGGUCGAAGAGGUUACUGGCCUCUGCUUGACAAAGAGUGAUGGCAGCCCGGUCUAGGGCCCCAACUUGCUGCAUCAAGCACCAGUCUUGCCCGCCGACAAAUCUCUUGAGUUGUCAUUGUUUUCGCCUUCUGUUCUCUGGGUUUUCUUUUUCUUUUUAGGAAUGCCGAAGGCGUUCUCGGGGUUGUUGUUCCAGGUGACUUUUAUCUGUUUUUGUGCUUAGCUUGUUAAAUACGAACCAGCUUCUUGGCCGUUGUGGAUGAA